GCAAUGGCGUAACGAUCGAAGGUUCGUGAAGGGGAUGGUGAGGAUGAAGACUCUCCACUCCGCCGCCAUGUCUAACGACGUUGUCCCGUAGCUGCAGCUAUCAAGAUGGCAGCCAAGUUGGUUACCGCGGAUUACGUGGUGAUCGUGGUGAUGCUUCUGAUCAGUUCUGGAAUCGGUGUUUAUUAUUGGCUAACAGGUGGACGACAAAAAUCGACAGAGGAAUACUUCGUAGCAAACAAAUCUAUGAGCGUCUUAACGGUAGCGAUUGGCUUGAUGGCUUCAUACUUGUCGGCGGUCAGCCUACUAGGAGUCAGUUCGGAAAUUUACGUUUACGGUUCUCAGUACGCGGUGAUAAACAUCUCCUACGGCAUAGCCACUGCAUUCGUUGUCUACUUUUACUUGCCUGUUUUCUUCGAGCUCGACGCCACCAGCGCUUUCGAAUAUCUUCAGAAACGUUUCGGUACGCCGACAAGGUUGUUAGCCAGCGUCGCCUUUUUCCUUCAACUUCUUUUGUACACCGGCGUCGUUCUCUACGCGCCGGCACUCGCGUUGGAAGCUACGACAGAUAUCUCGAGGAGUUUGAGCGUGAUCGGCAUCGGAUUGGUCUGUACGUUUUACUCGGCGAUCGGUGGUAUCAAGGCGGUUCUCAUUACCGACGUAUUCCAAAGUGCCCUCAUGAUUAUAGCAGUUAUCACGGUGAUCGUUACUUCAGCAAUAGACGUUGGUGGCCUUGGACGAAUUUGGGAAAUCGCUGAUGAGGGAUCGCGAUUGGAAUUUGAUAACAUUUCCCCUGAUCCAACAGUACGACAUACUUGGUGGAGCGUAUCGGUUGGUGGUUUUUUCACUUAUCUUUCCUUGUACGGUGUCAAUCAAGUUCAAGUUCAAAGAAUGCUAACUGUCAAGAAUCUGGGAGCGGCCAAACGGGCUCUUUGGUGGAGUUGGCCAAUAGCGUCUAUCAUGUCAUUGACCAUUUGCUUUGCUGGCUUGUCGAUAUAUUCCAAGUAUCGUGAUUGUGAUCCCUUGAACUCGGGAAGGAUCACUUCCAACGACCAACUUAUGCCAUUUUACGUAAUGGAAACAUUGUCCAAGUAUCCUGGAGUACCUGGACUCUUUAUAGCUGGAAUUUUCAGUGCCGGACUUAGCACGGUAUCGGCAACAGUCAAUUCCUUGUCCGCAGUCAUUCUCGAGGAUUACAUUAAACCAUUGUAUCGAUACAAAAGCAAAGGCAAAGAAAUGUCAUCGACACGAUCUAUAGUUGCCAGCAAAGUAUUGGCAGUCGUUGUUGGAUCAAUGUGCUUAGGAAUAGCGUUCUUGGCACAGCACUUGGGUGGACUCCUUCAAGCUGCUUUAACGAUAUUUGGUGUAGUCGGAGGACCAGUAUUGGGUACAUUUACAUUGGGCAUGUUCACUCAAACGGGAAAUCAAAAGGGUGCUAUCACGGGACUAAUACUUGGCCUGGCUUUCUCAUUUUGGAUUGGUUUCGGUCAACCGAAAGCACCGAUACCAAAAUUGCCAGUAUCCACAAUUGGAUGCACCAACAAUUCAUUAUCCUAUAAGAAUAUAAUGAAGCCUGAUACAUUCGAUAAGAUUAACAACAAAGAUUCUAUUUUUUAUCUCUACCGAUUAUCCUACAUGUGGUAUUGUCCACUAGGAUUUGUCAGUAGUUUAUUAAUCGGUUGGAUAAUCAGCUGGCUGACUAAAAUUAUUUUCUUCGAUAAAAAAGAAGAAAUCGUGAUAGAUUUGCGUUUGUUGACUCCGAUAAUUGCGUCGAGUAUACGAAAGAGGAAGAAUACACGAAAAACUACUCACGUCUGAUUGAUACGAUUUUGUUCAUCGCAUUUUAAACAAAAUAAAUAACAAUGGAAACUAAGAAGAGAAUAAAUAUAAGCAAAGUCCAAGAUAAUUAAUAAUGGU